GACAUGUCUCAUUACGGUUCACAGUCAGAUCCCGCUAAGAUGUACAACGCGAGAUCGCGUGGCAGCGCUGCCAUCGAGGGGAUUUCCCCACAAAAAACACUGCUCACCAUCGGCUCUCUGUUCCUAAUCCUUGGCUUUGUUGGUCCGGCGACCUCCAUGUCGCUGGAUCGUCUGGCUCUGGAGAGGAACGAGCUGCCGGCGGAUCAAUCCCAGCAGCAGCAGCAACAGCAGCAGGAUGUCCUCGUGGACGAUAUGAAGCUCACCUCAAUCCCAUCCGCCGACUCCUCGGACAUGUAUAUGCUGGUGCCCGAAACGGUGGCCAGCCAACUGGAGGACACCGAGCAUGUGCAUCGCAACACCAUCGAAGCCAAUCCCGAAUCGGAAUCGCCCGCCUCCACCGACAUGCUGAUGCUCGAGAGCGACUCCAGUCCGGCCAUGCAGCUGGUGGAGCUGCCCAGCGACAUCACCGUGGCCGAAUCCCAGCCAGAAACGGAGCACGAUGCCCAGCAGCAGUCCGAGUCCAUUGAGGAGCAUGUGGUGCUGAUGAAGCCACUCAGCCAAGAGGCUCAGCUGGAGCAGGCCGUGGACCAGGCCACCGAGGCGGCACCACUUCCCAUCCUGCACGAUGAUCUGCCGGAGGAUGAGAAAUCUCCGGCCGAAUAUGAGGAAACGGAGAAGGAAUCCGAACCGAACAUGGAUGAUCAGGUGCCCGAGGAAUCGGAACCCCAGCCGGAACAGGUGCAGCCGGAACAAGUGCAGCAGGAGGAAUCACAGAAUCCACAAAUCGAAGCUGAUGUUGAGGCGGAAAAGAAGCCGGAGAAUGAGUCACAACCUGAGGUUGAAGCUGAAACUGAAGCUCAACCAGCUGUUGAGCCACAGCCUGAAGUGGAAUCACAGCCAGAGGCUGAAGCCCAGAAUGAUGCUGAGUCCCAACCUGAAGUUGAGUCCCAGCCAGAAGUGGAAGCCCAGCCAGAAGUGGAAGCCCAGUCAGAAGUAGAAUCCCAGCCAGAAGUGGAAGCCCAACCUGAAAUGGAAGCCCAGCCAGAAGUGGAGGCCCAACCAGAAGCUGAAUCCCAGCCAGAAGUUGUAGCACAGCCUGAAGUGGAAGUCCAGCCAGAGGUGGCAGUCCAACCUGAAGUUGAAUCCCAACCAGAACCAGAAUCCCAGCCAGAAGUCGAGGCUGCAAAGCCCAGUGAUAACGAGGUGGACACCACGGAGGCAUCUCUGAUGGAAACCCUGGUCGAGGGCAUUGAAGAAGGUCUCACCGCCGCCAUGGACAACCUGGUGCCCGAAGAAUUGGCCGAGGCUUCAGAGAACAAGGAGCAGGAGCAGGAGCAGGAAAACGAUGAGGAGCUGUCGCCAGUUACAGAAGCCACCAAAGAGCAGGCAAUUCCCGAGGUUUCCGAGCAGGAAAAAGAAGAGGAACCCGAAACCGAACCCCAACUUUCGUUGGCCGAUGAGCCAGAGGCUGAGAUGGCCCAAGCUCCAAUUGAAACGCCAGAGGAAAUCAAGCCUGAAGAGGAAUCGCAGCCGGAGGAGGCUAAGCCGGUAGAGGAAUCCAAGCCAAAGGAGGAAAUCAAGUCGGAUGAGCAGGCCAAGCCAGAGGAGGAGCCCCAGUUUGAUGCCGAGUCUCAGCCAAUUGUACAUGAGGAGAAACCUGAGGAAACUGCAGCUGAGACUCCUGCUGGAAUUCCUGCUGAAAUUCCUGCUGAAACUCCAGCUGAAAUCCUUGCUGAAAUUCCUGCUGAAUCUCCAGCUGAAACUCCUGCUGAAACUCCUGCUGAAAUUCCAGCUGAAAUUCCUGCUGAAAUUCCUACUGAAACUCCUGCUGAAAUUCCUGCUGAAAACCCAGCUGAAAUCCCAGCUGAAAUCCCAGCUGAAGUACCAGCUGAAACUCCAGCUGAAAUCCCUGCCGAAAUCCCUGCUGAAAACCCAGCUGAAAUCCCAGUUGAAAUUCCUGCUGAAAUCCCAGCCGAAGAACCAGCGAAAACCCAAGAUGAAAUCCAAUCCGAUUCUACCCAAACCGAGACCGAAGUGGAGAAGGUGGAGAAGGAAACCAAGCCCGUGGAGUCGUCCCUGCUGACCACCAUCAUACCCAUGCCCAUUCCAAUGGUGGUGCCUGCGCCACAACCCACCAUCCAGGUGCAGGAUAGUGUGCUGAACUACGUCAAUGCCUCGUUCCUGCAUCAGCAGCAAUCGGAGGCGGAUCUGCCCAAGACGGAGGAAGAGUCCCCGUUCAAUGCCCAUCUGCGUCGCUACGAUGGCGCCCAAGUGUGGCGCAUUGUGGUCCAGACCGACAAGGACAAGCGAAUGGCCGACGAGCUGCAAUCCAAAUACGAUGGCCAACUGUGGAAGGAGGUCAAGCAGGAGGUGGACUAUCUGCUGAAGCCCCAAGUGUUGGCCGCUGCCGAGCGUCACAUUCGCGCUGCCAAUCUCUCGCGGAUUGUGCUCAUCGACAACCUGCAACAUGUCAUCGAAAAGGAGAAUCCCCCAGCGGAGAAGAUUGCCGAGCUCCAGAACCGAAAGGGACACCGCCUCACCUGGCAGGCCUACCAUCGCCUGGAGGACAUCCACGGCUUCAUUGACUACAUGGCCAAGACCUAUCCCGAUAUCUGCUCCACGGAGAUCAUCGGCUACUCGGUGGAGAAGCGACCCCUCAAGAUUCUCAAGAUUUCCAAUGGCAAUGCCCGUAAUGCCGGCGUUUGGAUCGAUGGCGGCAUGCAUGCCCGCGAAUGGAUCAGUCCGGCCACAGUCACCUACAUAGCCAACCAGCUGGUCGAGGGCUGGGAGGAUCUGCCCGAGCACAUGCGCAGCAUCAACUGGUACAUCCAUCCGGUGGCCAAUCCCGAUGGCUACGAGUACUCCCACACCACCGAUCGCCUGUGGCGCAAGAAUAUGCGUGCCCAUGGACGCCAGUGCCCCGGCGUGGAUCUGAAUCGCAACUUCGGCUACAAGUGGGGCGGCAAGGGCACCUCCGCCAGCCCCUGCUCCCAGACAUAUCGCGGCAGCAAGGCCUUCUCCGAGCCGGAGACCUUCUACAUCUCCAAGUUCAUCAGCGGCUUCCCGCGGGAGACCUUCCAAGCGUACCUCUCAUUCCACAGCUACGGCCAGUACAUCCUCUAUCCCUGGGGCUACGACUACCAGCUAACCCAGGAUCGGGCCGAUCUCGAUCGCGUGGCGCGACAGGCGGGAACGAGCAUUACCAAGUCGACUGGAGUGAAGUACACGGUGGGCUCCUCCGCCACCACUCUGUAUCCCGCUGCCGGUGGCUCCGAUGACUGGGCCAAGGGCAUUGCGGGCAUCAAGUACGCCUACACCAUCGAGAUGGGCGACACGGGCCGGUACGGAUUCGUCCUGCCGGCACGCUUCAUCCAGUACAAUGGCAAGGAUGGAGUGACCUUCGCCGACACCGUGGCCAGGGCCAUUGCCCAGGGACGCGGAAAGGCGGUGGCCAGGAACAGCAGUGGCGGCCGGAGGCGUCGCCACUAGUCCCGCCCACUUAGUUCAAUGCGAUUUUUUUGUAAAUCAGCCUAAUUGAUUUUUUUUUUGCUAUUUAUAUGAAUACUAUUUAUUUAUUUAUUUAUUCUACU